CUCAUCGGCAACAUCUACUCGCUGGCCGCGGAGCAGCCGCACGUCUAUAUGAAGAGGCAGAGCCAAGUCCAUGGCCAGGGGUCUGGACUGAGAGCUGGCCUGACCAGAGGGCUAAGACACAGAUGCAGCAGACCAAUGAGGAACCAGGACUCAGGUGUGCGCUAGAGAGGAAGAGUCCCUGAAAUGCUGCAUCCUGACAUGGAGGGGCAUUUUUGUGAUUUUCAGUCUUGAUCUUGGAGGUAUAUCUGCUAUUGUACUGAAUGGUUAUGAUGCUGUAAAAGAAUGCCUGGUUCAUCAAAGUGAAGUUUUUGCAGACAGACCAUCUCUUCCUUUGUUCAAGAAGCUGACAAAUAUGGGAGGUUUAUUGAACUCUAGAUACGGUAGAGGAUGGACAGAGCAUCGCAAGUUAGCUGUAAGCAGCUUUCGUUGUUUUGGAUAUGGUCAAAGGUCCUUCGAACACAAAAUUUCAGAAGAAUCCAUGUUUUUUCUUGAUGCCAUUGAUACAUACAAAGGCAGACCCUUUGAUCUUAAACACUUGAUAACAAAUGCAGUCUCAAACAUUACUAAUUUGAUUAUCUUUGGAGAACGUUUUACAUAUGAAGACACUGAAUUUCAGCACAUGAUAGAGAUUUUUAGUGAAAACAUUGAAUUAGUUGCUAGUGCUUCAGUGUUCUUGUAUAAUUCUUUUCCCUGGAUUGGCAUAUUACCCUUUGGAAAACAUCAACAACUGUUUAAGAAUGCAGCUGAAGUCUAUAAUUUUUUGCUUGAACUUAUUGAGCGCAUCUCUAAAAACAGGACGCCUCAGUCACCUCGACAUUUCAUUGAUGCAUAUUUAGAUGAAAUGGAUCGAAGUGAAAAUGAUCCAGAGUCUACAUAUUCAACCAAAAAUUUAAUUUUCUCUGUUGGAGAACUUAUCAUAGCUGGAACAGAAACCACAACAAAUGUUUUAAGAUGGGCAGUAUUGUUUAUGGCUCUUUAUCCGAACAUUCAAGGGCAAGUUCAUAAAGAAAUUGAUUUAGUCGUGGGCCCAAACAAAACACCGUCUUUAGAAGAGAAAUGCAAAAUGCCUUACACUGAAGCAGUUCUACAUGAAAUUUUAAGGUUCUGUAAUAUAGCUCCGUUAGGUAUUUUCCAUGCAACUUCUAAGGAUACAGUUGUGCGUGGUUAUUCUAUCCCUGAAGGCACUACAAUAAUUACAAACCUCUAUUCUGUACACUUUGAUGAAAAGUACUGGAGUAACCCAGAAGUGUUUUAUCCUGAACGGUUUUUGGACAGCAGUGGGCAGUUCAUCAAGAAAGAUGCAUUUGUUCCUUUUUCAUUAGGAAGAAGACAUUGUCUUGGAGAACAACUGGCCAGGAUGGAAAUGUUUUUGUUUUUUACUUCAUUACUUCAGCGGUUUCACCUGCAUUUUCCACAUGCUUUGAUUCCAAAUCUGAAGCCAAAAUUAGGCAUGACAUUACAACCACAGCCAUACCUCAUCUGUGCUGAAAGACGUUAAAGCAUAUGUGCCAAACUCUCAGCUGGUGUAAAUUGGAAUAGCUACACUGAAUAAAUGGAGCUGCACCAAUUUACAGCAGCUGAGUAUCUGGCCCCAUCUUUUAUUUACAACUAUCUUGUUCAUAGUCUUGCCAAAAGAACAAGAAUUGUAAACACUCUCUGUUAAAGGACUUACACACCAAUUUUGUCUUAUACGUAGGCUUUUAGGUAUUUCAUGUAUUUGUAUGUAAUUUUCACAAAAAAGACAUUAAUACUCUUCAAGUGUUUAUAUAUUCUGUUCUCACCUCAAAAAUCUAGAUCAGGUUCCAUUUCUGAUUUAAACUUUUCAGAAUUUCAUUGAAUUACCCGAUUUAAAGAUUAAUAAAAAAUUCAGCCACAAUAUUUUCUAUUAUACAUGAUAUUUAAAUAAAGUUGAGAAAAAUAGUUUUUAAAAUUUUUUAACAUAAGCAGAAAACUGUUUUUAGUUUGGGAAAAUGUUCUGAUAAAUUUGGAGAGCUUGGAUGAAACCUGUUGCAGUCAGAGUCCUCUCAUGAAAUCUCAAA